AUCCUGGAGAUCAGAUCCCAGAGGGGACCUCCUCCUGGCUGGGGGUGGGACCGGAGGCACCGCGGGGGUGUCAGCACGGCACAUCCCCAACACCCGCGGCAUCGUGCCGAGGGAGCUUCUGCACCAGGCACCACCGCACACGGGAUUGCUGUGGAGAACUAGCUGUCCCCCUGCCGUGCACAGCCUCCCGAAACCCGGCAUGGCUUCCUCCAUGCGGAGCCUGAUGGCUGACCCCAGCAGGUACCUCCGGUCCUUCCGCGUCUUCCUGGCGAAGUCGACCGAGCACCAGUGCAUGCAGGAGUUUGUGGAGCGGCAGCUGCCUGGCGUGCUGGCGAGUAUUGGAAAUGGGAAGCCUGCAAUCAAUAUUCUAAGUGUUGGUGGUGGAGCAGGAGAGAUUGACCUGCAGAUCCUCUCAGCUGUACAAGCCAGAUAUCCAGGAGUCACCAUCAACAAUGAGGUGGUAGAGCCAAGUGCCGAACAAAUCCUCAAGUACAAAGAACGUGUGGCGGCGACAUCAAACCUCGAGAAUGUAAAGUUUACCUGGCAUAAGGAGACAGCUUAUGAAUAUGAAAGUCGAAUGAAUGCAGAAAAGAAGUCUAAAAAAUGGGACUUCAUUCACAUGAUUCAGAUGCUGUAUUAUGUGAAAGAUGUCCCAGCAACUAUCCGGUAUUUCCACAGCCUCCUGGAAGGGCAGGCAAAGCUCCUCAUCAUCAUGGUGUCAGAAAACAGUGGUUGGGAAACACUGUGGAAGAAGUACGGAUCUUCCUUGCCUUUAGAUGACCUCUGCACUUAUGUGUCCUCUGCUGAUAUCAAAAGGAUGCUGGAUUCAGCUGGGCUGAAGUACCAGCUCCACGAGCUCCCAUCCAACAUGGACAUAACCAGCUGCUUUACCGAAGGGGACACAGAUGGGGAGCUGUUGCUGGAUUUCCUGACAGAAACAUGUGACUUUUCUAAAACUGCUCCUCCUGAGCUAAAGCAUCAGAUAAUGGAAGAAUUAAGAAAGCCUGGAUGCAGUGAAAAAAGAAAUGGGAAGGUGCUUUUUAAUAACAACCUGAGUGCAAUAGUGAUUGAGCCCUGAAUUAACACAUUUUGUUUCUAAAACAUUCUUUAUAAAUGGAUUAGUUUACUUCUACUUAGUUUACUUCUUGUAGCCUGUUAAGAAGUCAUUACUAACAUCUGUUAUACGUGAACUUUAAUAGUGAGAUUAAUUCUGUACUAAUCUAUGAACCUGCAACUUGGCAGUAAAUUGUGCUUUAUC